AUGGGACGCCAGGUACAUAUUUACUUUGAGACGUCGACAACUCUACGACGCACUUUAUCCGAGAAAUUGAUCCAUCGCGUCCGGUCAUCCUCUCUACCGACGAAAUUUGAACAAGAGACGGAGGUGAUGAAGCCCGGUUGUUUCCUCCCUUUCGCGGCGGCCUUCUGCGCUGUUGCUUCGUCCGGAGAUGCUGCUGCGGACGAGAAGCAGAUUGGGCUCGACGGGAGGGUCUUCCCGGUGCGGGACGGGGUGCUUUCUUCGCUUGACUGGGUUGUUGAUUCUAUCGGUGGGGGGAUAGUUCAGGUCGCUGGGGCGGUGACGAGGACUGCGAGGAGUCUUUCUUGGACUAAAGCUGAUGUUGACGUUGAGAGAGACGGGGCUUUGGGACGGGAUAGGCGACGAAGUGUUGCAGAUCGAGACGGUACUUUGGAGAAUGUUUGGGAAGUUAUCAGGAACAGCGAGAAGGGACGGCGGUUUGCGGGUUUGGUGGACGGGCAUGAGAAGCUUCGUAAGUUGCUGAGUGGGAGUGAUGGACUUACGGUGCUUGUGCCUACCGACGAGGCGUUUGCAAAGUUGGAUGGUAUGGAACGCAGCGAUGAGGAACUGAUGGAGGAGAUUCUGGAGUACCAUGUUCUAUCUGCCGAGUACACCCUCGACAAGCUUCGUGGGGUGCAGACUGCGUCUAGUGUACUUGAGGAAAGCGAUAUGGGGCGGCGGCAGAGGGUGAGGGUCGAGGGCAGCUCUUCUGGAAUCACUCUGAACUUUUACAGCCGGGUUUUGGAUGGGGAAUCUAAGAAAGCGGCGAACGGCAUCGUACACUUCGUCGACAACGUCCUCGUGCCGCCCCCACGACAUGAUAAACUUAUAGAAGCCCUACCAGAACAACUGGGCACGUUCUCCCGGGCGAUGAAGACAACUGGAGUGAGUGAAGAGUUGCACGCUCGAGCUCACGGGAUCACGCUGUUUACUCCUUCAAAUGAGGCGUGGGAAGCCCUUGGAGCGGAAGUGAAUACUUUCUUGUUCUCCGAUGAGGGGCUGGAGUAUUUGAGGGCGUUGGCGAGGUAUCAUGUCUUGGACGAAGUUGUCUACUCUGACAUACGUCUGAGCGAUGCCGGGGAUGAGGAGAUUCCGAGCACACCGCAGUUCCAGACUUUAUUGGAUGACGCCGUGAUUUCUGUUGGUAUCAACCGGGAGAAACCAGUCAUGGUGGUGAACGGGAAAAAUGUGUCUGUGAGAGAUAUGCCGGCGAGAGAUGGUAUCGUUCAUGUGCUUGACGAAAUACUUAUCCCGUCGUCCACCGGAAGCAACGUAAGCGGUGGUGGAGUACUGGGUGUUGAAGAGUUAAAGAGAUUGCUUGGGCCAUUUGUUCAGGCAGAGGGCUUUGCGAGUAACGAGUUGUAG